GAGAUCAUGUGUAGUCCAUGCGCCGAAAGUAGGUUAGCAAGAGCAGCAGAGCAGGAAGGAGCGGACACCACGCGUGGGUACAGCGCUUCUUGUUCUGUCACCUGCACCGCAGCCAAAACAGCGUCCCCAAACCCGCAGGGAAGCCGAUAGAAAGUAGCCCAACACCGGCACCGUGUCGCCAUUAUUGUCCGUCUUUACGUGGGAAGAGGAGCUCGACAAGACAUAUGAGGAGUUGCUGUUUGACAGCUCGGAGAAAGUACGCACGCCUUCGCUUCUUGCUCGGUUCCAUUUCAUUUCUACACGGAAUUGUAUGACUAAAAGAAGAAUUGGCUAGACUCAACCGCCGACAUGAGAGCUCAAAUAGAAGUCAUACCCUGUAAAAUUUGCGGGGACAAAUCAUCAGGGAUUCACUACGGCGUCAUCACAUGUGAAGGCUGCAAGGGUUUCUUCCGACGUAGCCAGCAGAACAAUGCUAUGUACUCCUGCUCACGACAGAGAAACUGCCUGAUUGAUCGGACCAAUCGAAACCGCUGUCAGCACUGCCGGCUGCAGAAAUGUCUCGCUCUGGGCAUGAGCCGUGACGCGGUGAAGUUUGGUCGCAUGUCCAAGAAGCAGCGCGACAGCCUGUACGCAGAGGUCCAGAAGCACCAGCAGUCUCAGGAGUGCGCUGGGUUUGUAGCCCGGGAAGAGAGCGGCAACAUGGGUGACCACAGCCGCACCUACAGAAGAGUGUCCAGCACAGCACUUAGCGAUCUGGAUGACUUCACCACGCUGCCUGAAGGCCUACUCUUCGACCUGCCGCUGACUCCGGAGGAUGCAGGGGGCGAAUACAGGAACCUGGACAUGCUGGCCGGCAGCGCAGGCAGCACCUCAUCCUCGCAAAGUUCACCGGAACAGACCAACUUGGACUUUGUAGAUGGCAACCACAGCAUUAAGCACGAGUACCAGCUGUUGCACGACUCUGGGCUUUUUUCGCAUGCUAUCCUCAACCCACUGCCCGACGGAUGCUCCCUGCUUGAGCUUGAGCACAUAACACAGUGUGUGGUGAAGUCCCAUAUAGAGACAUGCCAGUACACUACAGAGGAGCUGAAGAGAAUGGCGUGGUCCACGUACGGCCUGGAAGAGACUCGCAUGUAUCAAACCAAGUCAGCUGAGGUAAUGUGGCAACAGUGUGCCAUUCACAUCACCAACGUCAUCCAGUAUGUGGUGGAGUUUGCCAAGCGCAUCUCUGGGUUCAUGGACCUGUGUCAGAACGAUCAGAUUAUCCUCCUCAAAGCAGGCUGCAUGGACGUUCUUCUGAUUCGAAUGUGUCGGGCAUACAACCCCAUCAAUAACACUUUGCUCUUUGAUGGAAGGUUUGCCCCUGCUCACUUUUUUAAAGCACUUGGCUGUGAUGACCUUGUGGCUGCGGUGUUUGACUUGGCCAAAAGCUUGAGUCGUAUCCAGAUGUCUGACGAAGAGAUGGCCCUCUUCACUGCUGCUGUACUCCUCUCACCAGACCGACCAUGGCUAACGGAUGUGCAGCAGAUCCAGAAGUUGCAGGAGAAGCUGUACGUCGCCCUCCAGCGCUGCCUACAAAAAGGGGGCUCAUCAGAGGAGAAACUUGCAAAGAUGGUCUCCAAACUUCCCAUAAUGAAGUCCAUUUGCAAGCUUCACAUUGACAAACUGGAGUUUUUCCGUCUGGUCCACCCCGAGACUGCGUACACCUUCCCGCCGCUGUACAGGGAGGUGUUUGGCAGCGAAAUCACUUUCCCAGACUCUACAGAGGGCUAAGCGACGUUACCCAAAAAAAAAUAAAACAAAAAAAUACAGAGAUUUCUGCCGAGAAUUUGCGAGGCAUAGGCAGAGGGAGAGAUAAAACAUGUGGCAACAAGAUGAGGCGAAGGCGAAGCAGCCGCUCAUUGACAAUCCUGCACGCUACACUUUAGGACACACUCCUCUCUCACCUCUGAACGCCCCUCUCCCACCCUUGUGGAGUCGCUCACAGUGCCCCUCGGGCCGCUCAGUUUUACCAGCGCGGGAAGGAUGCUCGGUAGCUCUCUUCUCCAAGACACUAAAGAGUGGCCUCAACGAUUUGUAUUGUCCAAAUUUAUUUUUAUAAGUUCUUUCUACGACGACACCUCUCACAGAUCCUGUAAGCUACGGUUGAAUGUAUCCCCGCCCACACUGCUUAAAGGUUCAGCACAGCCUGUAGGCCCAAUUCCGAAUGUACACACUUAACAAUCCUUACUUACCUCAAAGUGUUUUUUUUCUUAUCGAAAUGCUUCAGUUGUGAGUCUGGUAAAAAUCCACCAUUUUUCACUCACUAUCUUCUAGCAUAUCUAUCUAGCAGUGCCCGCUUUUUUGCAGUUUUGCUGCAUGUGAACAAAGCGUUCAAAGGGACCAUGAUCAAAUCAAUUUCACAACCAGGGUUUUUUAGAUAUAUAAAUAUUAUAUAUUUUUUCUUUACUAGCAUGCCCUGAAAACACUGAUAUAAGUGGGCUCUUUUUUUAAUGCAGUCAUUACCUCAGUCCCAGUGCCCUUUCCCUUUGCAUAUGCCACUUAGAGAGAAGUCACAGUGAUAUUGUGACAAUUAUAUUAUAUAUAUAAAGAUUUAUAGCACCUAUAUGGCUGUACGAAGGAGACAAAUGUCUCUCAGGGUGCGAUCACACUUGUCAUGUUUGGUUUGGUUUGCUUUAAAGGAGCUCUGGUGCUUUUUCCUGGGUCGUUUGGUCAAGUGUGAAUGUGAUCAUUUGAACCCAGGUAUGCGGACCGAGACUGUUUGAAAGAUGGGUCUCGGUCCGCUACCGAGUGAACUCUGGUGCAGCUCAGUUCAAAUGUGAACACUGCACAGACCAAAGACGCGGACCAGUGUUGAAAUGACAGCAAAUUACUGCAUGCAGAAAUGACAAAUAAGUAAGAGCAAAUAUGUCUGAAGUGUUGUCUCUGCUCUGCUUUCUUCUUUUGUGUGUGGUGCUCUUUAAAAGUAUAUUUUAAGAGCUUUUUGUGAAAUCUAAGCUGGUAAAUAUCACAAUAACCUUCACAUUCAACCCAGCCGAUGACAUUUUGGUUUGUAAUAUUUGAGUUAUGACACAUGCCAGAAAAGAUGCCCAAUCAAGUUCUUACUUUGUGUGUGUGUGUUUACUGCACAGCUUUUGGUCACAUGACAAAAAUAUAAAGUGUGAACGCUAAGCGAGCCGCACUAAACUGCAUGCCAAGAACAGAACAGAGUACCAAACCACAAGUGUGAAUGCACCCAUACUUUGAUUGUAUAGGAGAUAAUUAGCACUUAUACAUGAGCCUCUUUUGGGCUCCAAAACCAACUGCUGGCACUCAUUUUUUUGCGGGUUCGCACUUAGGCUGCCAUCUUUGACGCCCCCAUUCUGCAGAACGUCUGCUGAAGAACCCAGCUGUGUGAACAGCCUGGACCUGUCACACCUCCGCACCUCAUCUUUACAGCGAGAGGUAAAAUAGUAAUGACCUGAGAAGUACAAAUUUGCCCACUGCAUGUUUGGAAUGGUGGAACCAGUCCUGAGGCUGAAGGAUUACGAGUGGACAGAUGGGCCGCCGUGUUACUUAAGCUCCAUAGACAUCAGUUAGAGUGGGAUUUAUUACCCGCGCCGACUCUCACUACCUAAAGAGGUCCUGAUUUCGAGAACCUGCUCGUCCGUCUCUCUCCCUCACUACCUCACCCCUCUCAAACGCCACACACGGUGCAGCAAACAGAACUGUCGAGCUCAUAUUAGCAUCAUGCCGAAGAGCUUCUGCUACAUUAUUAUAACUAUAUUGUAAUGGCACUUGUACAGAGGACAAAAAUGGCUGCUUCUAUUGUCGCUGGAAUGCUAUUGUGGAAGGCCUACAUAGAUUUCCUCUUUUCAUGCUGCCAGUAUUCUUAAAAAAUAUAUAUGUUUUGUUUUAUUGUAGCAUAUGGAGACAAUCACAAGGAUAUUAUGGAUGUUCAUAUUUGAGACCGCACUGCUGGGACAGUGCUGAUGGCCACACAGCGUACAGUAUGAUCUCACGUAGCGCAAAAAGGGGUGCCGCCCUUGUCGGGUACUUAAUGGCACGGUGGGAUUGUGCAAUAUUGUCUUUCCCAUUUUAAGUAGCAUAGAUUUAGUUAAGGGUAUCAACAGGUGAUUCUCGAAUUUAACAAACUCAAGGCCGACUGCUCCACAGGGUCGGCCAGAUUGUAACAAGGUGCAAUACUUUGUCUUAGAAUGUUUAGCACGCCGCUUUUCAAUAGUUCCAGUCAUUCACUACGCAGUUUAUCGGGAUGAAAGAGCAGUCUGGAAGCCCGGCACUCACGUUCCUCAGGGAGAUAGCUUGGCUCUCUGUCCUAUGUCCCGCUGUGUCCACAAGGCACCUACUAACUGUAGAAGACCUUCAAACCUUCAUCACUGUGUACAGUACAUGUUCUUGUGAAUGAUUACAGAAAGUAUCAAAGAUUUUACCCUUUUCAAUAUUGCUAUUUCAAGACUUUUUGACUUCAUAGACUAAAUAGGAUAUUCAUACAAGAAAAUGUUUAAAAAAAAAACAAAAAAAAUGUAUAAAAGAUUAAUUAUAAUCUCUGAUUCUUGUCUUGGUUUUGUUGUGAUCUUCAAUUUUGCCCUGAUAUGUACUAUGAUAUUUUCCUCAUCGGUUUAGUGUUCUUUUUUGUCUUUUUGGAGAGAUGUAAUUCUAUUUUUUUUUAAAGAGCGUUUUUAAACAUGUCUCCCUAAAAGUUUCUCUUUUGUCAUGAUCCUUCUGUUCAUGAUAUGUUCAUUCUAUUUUAAGAUUAUUAUUGUUAUUAUUAUUAUUAUUAUUGAAUCAUUCUAGACUUAAGUGAGAACUAAUUUAUGACACGUCAUGGAUUUUAAAAAAAGAGCCUGAGAGGUUAUUAACACAAGAAAGUGUUAUUGCACAAUGGUGAUAUGCUUUGUGGAUUUAAGAAUGUAAUAAAAUUCUUUUUACAAUGAAAGUGAAACCUUUGUCGCAAUUUCAUUAACUCUGCUUUGUAUUACAAAAAUUCCUAUAGUCUUUACUAUAUACAGUACGUCAUACAAGAACAGACUACUUUUUUAUUGCAUAAGAGACAAUUCAUUAAAAGAUGACCCCAAAAAAAUCAAUAAAUGCAAUUUAAAAUAUCUGUAAAAUGAUGCUCUGGUAAAGUGUUAUAGUUAUUUUAUAUUAUGUGUACUGUACUGCAGUUUUUGGAGUUCCUCACAUGCUAUGAAGCAGUGGUUCUUUUUACCCCAAGUACCACCUCUGAAACAUUUUUUUGGUAUUGCAAGUACCAGUUUUUUGCUUCCUCCGCUUGCAAUCACAUGUAGUUUUGAACAUAAAUGGUACAAUUACACUUGCAGGUAAUUGGCUUGUGGCAUAGUAGGAGAGUUUUAAUAAAAU